AUAGUGCAACUUGUUGUGUCGCAGCAGUUUUCCAUUGCCCUAGCUUGCUUUGUUGUCCUUGCACGGUUUGCACCCAACUUUGCCCGCCAAGGGGGGCUAAUCAAGGCCCAAUACACAAUCGAGUGCGGAGCUGUGGCCGUAAUAUUCCUGCAAAUGGUCUUAGCAUGUCGACCAGAAAGCUUUGCGUUAGCUUGUCGAAUUGGCGAGCUCAUUUUGUGGUGCUGUUAAUGAGUUUUCUUGUUACCAUUUAUAUCAUCUUUGGCUUCUGUUGUGCCAUCAAAGGCUCUGGGAACUCCAAUAUCGAUGAUUGGCUGCUGGUGGGUAUGAUACUGACUGCGGCAAGUCCCACAACGGUAGCCUCUAAUGUGGUCAUGACUCAAGCGGCAAGAGGCAACGAUCUCCUUUGUCUGUGUGAGGUCUUUAUCGGAAACGUUCUCGGAGGUUUCGUCACACCUGUCAUUGUCCAAAUGUAUCUAAGCACCUCGUUGUUGGCGUUUGGAAAUCCAAGCAACGGGUCCAAUGUUCGCACCGUGUACGCCAACGUGAUGAAACAAAUUGGGCUGUCGGUGCUGGUCCCGCUAUUUGUCGGUCAAGUCGCUCAAAACUUUUCAUCCAAGCAGGCAUGAACAAAGUGGGAAGCGUUUGUUUGUUCCUUGUGAUGCUCAAUUCCCUCUCCACUGCGUUUUACCAGCAUGCGUUCACAAGUGUGCCCAGUGUUUGCAUUGUUUUCGUUCUUCUUUUCAACUUGGACAUGUAA